UAUAGCCAACUAGAGCUAAGUAAGUAGAGCAAGCCUGUGGACUGACGGUCACAGUCCAUUCCAAAUUAUUCUGCCUGUGUUGAUAGAACUUGUGAAUUCGGGUCAAAAGCAUACGAUGUUCUCUACGGGACGACAGACGUGUAGCAGAACCUUUGGGUUGCUCAGGCGUUUGAAGAGCACUCUGGUCAUUGCUGAGCACAACAAUGAAAAACUGACCCCAGUUACUCUCAAUGCAGUCACAGCAGCCACUAAGCUUGGUGGAGAGGUUUCCUGCUUAGUUCUUGGCAGUCAGUGUGCUAAGGUUGCUGAAGAAGUCAGUCAAAUCAAAGGUGUUUCCAAGGUACUUCUGGCUGACAGUGACGUCUUCAAAGGAUUUCUUCCAGAGUCGAUCACACCAUUUCUUUUGGCAACUCAAAACCAGUUUAAUUUCUCUCACAUCCUUGCUCCAGCCACAGCUAUUGGCAAGAAUGUAAUGCCUCGACUUGCAGCCAAGUUGGACGUCUCUCCCAUAUCCGAUAUUAUUGGAGUGAAAGACGACAGCACCUUUGUCAGAACAAUUUAUGCAGGUAAUGCUAUUCAGACUUUGACCUCCAACGAACCAGUGAAAGUGAUCACUGUGCGAGGAACAGCCUUUGAAGCAGCUGAAACUGGAGGCAGUGCAGCAACAGAAAAUGUUUCUGCUGAUGCUGUCACGAAUGACCUGUCUGACUUUGUUGGUCAGGAAUUGAGCAAGAGCGACAGACCAGAACUUGCAAGUGCUAAAACUGUUGUUGCUGGAGGUCGUGGCAUGAAAAAUGGUGAUAACUUCAAACUGUUGUACGAUCUGGCGGACAAGCUCAAGGCUGCGGUUGGAGCCUCUCGUGCUGCGGUAGAUGCUGGCUUUGUGCCUAAUGACAUGCAAGUUGGGCAGACCGGCAAGAUUGUGGCACCAGAACUUUACAUUGCUGUGGGCAUCUCUGGUGCUAUUCAACAUUUGGCUGGCAUGAAGGAUAGUAAAGUGAUUGUUGCCAUCAAUAAGGAUCCUGAGGCCCCCAUUUUCCAAGUGGCAGACUAUGGACUGGUUCAGGACCUGUUUAAAGCUGUUCCAGAAAUGACAGAGUUGGUUGGCAAGUAAAAGGGGCUCAGUACAAGAACAGUUUGGGCGAUUAGAAUGAUAGAGUGAUGAUUGAGAAAUGCAUGAUCUCUUGCAGCUAGUCUUUUAUAGAAUGCAUUUAUAGUGCGUUACUUUCUUCCCUGGAUUAGUAAAUUUCCAUAUCAGUUUGAAGCCACACUUUUUUGAAUUUAUAUUAGCCUAAGCAAUAGCCGCGAGAGUGGUGCUUUGUGUUUUAAAUAUUUACUUCCUUAUUUGUGGUAAUUACAUUGUUUUUCUAAUUUUUCUAGGACGUGGAUACCCUGCCUGCUAAGGCUUAAGUAUUUAUUGCCUGAAUUUGAUAGAAUAAGAAAGAGACUGACAUUUUUUAUGUGUUCCUUUGUUAUCAUAAUCAGAUGGGAACAAAAAUUGCAGUUUUUUUGUACUAGCUUUUUUUAAAUAACUUAAUUAUGUAGUUCAGAAUGUGCAUCAUUAUUCUCUGUCACCUCUGAGAAAUGGCAUUUCAAUAGGCAUCACCAGAACUUAUUACAUUGUAUUCAGUGAGGUUGGUGAAAGUACCUCUCAGCUGUGACUGUCCGUUACAUUUUGGUUUUGUGUGACAGGUACUUAAAAAAAAAGAAGUUUACAAGUGUUUGUUUUUCUGUGUAUAUGAAUUUCCAUGCUUGUCAAACUUGUUUCAAGUACCCGUGACAGUUCUGGAAAAACGACGUAAUGCUGAUAUGUGCCUAGACGUCGCAGCUUAAUUUAAAAAAAAAAUGCUUUUUUCAUUAUGAUUUACAGCUGUGAUUCAUUGUGUUUGAAGAGAAGGCACUGAUUAUGUAUUAAAUGUUAAUUCAUAAAAGUC